UUGAACUUCACGCUCUUUUCGUUUCGUCUGUUGCCAGUCUACUUUAUUUGCAACGCGAACGAUGUUGAGUUGCGAAGUGCGAUUUCAUAUUUGUUGAUGGUUUCUUCUUUGAGAUAUCAACGUACGAUUUGCUGUAAUGGAUAACACCCCAUAUGGCACAGUACAUUUAGUAACGGAUUGGUGAUUUCUCAGUCAACAAAAUUCGACAGCCACAUUUACAAGGUCGUCAUUUCAAACAGUGACAUCAUGAGCAAGAAGAAGAGCAGAAGCCACGCCUUGCAGAGUCUGCUGCCAGACUCCUUGGAGACCAGGGAGAUCUUCUUCACCAACUUGUUGCUUCUGGGCUUUGAGCCGGCAGAGGCAGAGAGGAGGCACACCAUUCCAUUCAACAGGGACAUGUUUGCUCUUCCUAACAAGAAAGCAUUUGAAGUUGUCAUGCAUUUCUUGUUUGAGCGACUGAAUCCACCCAUGGCGCACGACAAGUUCAGGGAUUGCUGGCCUAUCUGCGACAAGAAGCACGAGCAAGCUUUCAGGAAGACGAUAAGCAACCAGCUCUCAGAGAUAGCAGCUGAGGAUCCGUUGGCUAACCUGCCUCGGAUUGUACCCUCUCUGUUCAUGUCGCCCGGCGGUGACAGGUUCUACUCCCUCCUGCUGCACUUCUCCCAGUACGUCCUGAUGAAAGUCCUCAAGCAAGAGAACGGCAAGAAGGAGAGGGAGAUACUGCAGAGGCCCAGGCUGCUACCAGCCGUGUCGCACCUUAGCCAUAUCAUGCUCAAGACCAUCCAGGUUGCCACCAUCAGACAUCGCCGGCGGUUCCUGGACAGAGCUCAGCGCACGGUGCUACUGCACCGGGAAUGGAAGCAGUUUGCCAAUGAACUGGUGAAGGAACACCGGAACCUGACCAAGCAGCUGCGUGACCUGGAGCACGACAUCCGCGACUGCCAGGCAGCCUCCUACGACCAGGCUCAGGCCAGGGGGAGCCCCGUGACAAGGAGGCGGCGAUCGGGCGGCAUGACGGCCGGGGAGCGCCAGGUGCAAGCCGUGAAACGCACUCAGAAAAUACAAAAGGUGCGUGAACUGUGGAAGGCUGUGGAUGCAUUCUACGUUGCCCAGUCUGCGGAGCGGGACGUGGUUACGUCCGUCUUACGAGAAGUGGAGAACAAGUACCGACUGGACGCUGGGGAGAUCAACGUGCAGGUCCCCGAGAUGCUGCUACGAGAGUGCCAACAGGAGCUGCAAAGGCGUAAUGUUGGCAACACCUACGAGGGCGGCAAACUGAAUCUUCUCCCCCUAAUCCAGCUGUGGAACAUGUCUCUUCACCUCUACUUAGAGACCAUUCAUCAAGCACCAAUGCCGAGAUUUGAAGACCUGUCACCUGAUUUAGUGACCCAGGUUCACACCCAUCAUGCACACCUUUCUAACACGCAGGCCAUGAGGUCCACCCUGACUAACAAACUCCUGCCAGAUCUGAAAGCAUCGGUGGAUCACCUCCACAAACAGAUCCAGGGGGGCAAAACGCCCAGCAGGAAAGACGCACGCAGGUCAUUCCAGCACAGUUCACUUGGUCUGGCUCUGCUGCCCCCAACGCCACCAGUCUCUUUCGAGCCAGCUUCAGGAUCGCAGACUGAAACUCCCAUCAAGCUGUCAGCAGGAGGCACACUGAAGAACAACACGUCAACUGAUACCCCAGAGGCCGUGUCCAUGCUGAGUGAUACGAUCAACAAGGCGGCCCUGAAGCGUGCGGGUCUGGUACAGGGAACGCCCACCAGCACACUAGGGGAACUCAGGAGGCAAACCCAGGGAACGUCUAAGCUGCCCCUCCCAACGGGAACAGUCAUCCCUGAGAGCAUGCAGAAUCGCAAGAGGGUGAAAUCAGCGCCCUCCAAAGUGGCCCCAUCGGCCACUCCCUCCACCCAGACCCACCCCUGGCACCCAAACCUCUCAGGGACGCCUCACCAAGGAGCACGGGCACCCAGCAGCACCCAGAGGAGGAGGGGGGUGAACGGGGACCUGGCCAAGGUGCCCAAGACUCAGCCCAGGAAGGGUGCCGGGAGCAGGCUGGGCAGGGAAUCCAAGGAAGGAAAGAAGGAGCUCAAGACAGUGGAGAAACUCAGCAUGCAUAAGGCAUCAUCCAAACUGAAAAAAUCUGCUGCAAAGGUCGCAGCACCAUCGUCCGUUCAGAGAACACCUGCAGGUGCACCCAAGCCGGCUGCUGCGUCCAGUGCCAUGAGGUCCAAAACUGCACCCCGGGCUCAUCAGAUACUGGCGGAGGAGAUUGCUGAUGCUGUGACAUCAGGAGGGAAGAUCACACCUGACUUCCUGGAAUUGUUGAGGACGCAGUCCCGCGAGAAUUCCCCACUGGACGCAGCUCUUGACAACCCGUUGGCAGGAUUAGAUCAAGAUGCCUUUGUUAGCAAGGACAAGCUGAAGAGAACACCAGUCUCCGAAGCCAGUAGUCUUAGCACCUCACAGAUGACAUACACCCCUCAUCAGACCAUGCCAACAAGAACUCUAUUUGAUUCAGACUCCAGUCCUAAAGAACCUUCUGUCCUGAAUGAGGUAUCUCCAGUUGACGAUGAUAGUCUGUUGUCACACGAGUUGGCGGAUGGCACUCCAUUGCGAGAGAGCCAGGACCUGACAUCCAGCGUAGCUGUGGGGAACCUCCUUGACUUAGAGGAGCCAGAACAUCUAGAAGGCACUGUCCCUCCUGCAAGGAAUCUCCUGAGUGGCAUUGAUGAUGCUGAGGCAUCCCCAGGGGCUAGGUUGAGCUACCAGGAGCUGGCUGCCAUGGGAGAUGACUCCUCUUUGCCUGAGACCAGGCCAGAGUUCUCAGAGGACCUGGAGCAGACACUGGCCGAAAUCUUCCAGACCAGAACUCCGCAGCUGUCCAUCAGAUCCAAAACCAGGAUCGCCGCUCGCAAGCAUGGGGCCUCACUCUUCAGUUGGAAGGAGGAAUAUGAAACAAAGACAUCCGUACCUGGAACUCCAUCACUAGCCAGCAGGAAAGCAGGCCCUGCAGAAGGUCUGACCCCAGACCUGAACUUGUUAAGGCAAGACAGGAUAAGAAGGCAAACUGAAAGUACUAGAUCCCACCCAGAGCAAGAGCCUGUACAUGUUUCACAGCAGGGCAGAAGUCAAGCUGAUGUCAGCAUAAGCAAAGUGCGGCAAGUCAGUGGUGGGUCACAGAAGAGUGUUACGUUCUGCGAUCGGGUCGAUGAGCACAGCUUCCUGGACCAAAGCCUGGCCAGUCUCGACCAGUCAAAUGCUGACACCACAUCGAGACAGGAAUACAGUCUGCAGGGAAGCCCUAGUGACAAGCCAGGAAGUGAUGAGUCCGCUCAGGAACCACCAGGCAGUGCACCAAGGAGCAAGACUCCAGAAACUCCAGGACAUGAUGCUAGCACUUUCCUGAGCGACGUCUACUUGGCACACUCACCUCCGCCAGCUAACAGGCCCAGUGAGGCACUCUUCAUGAGCCCCCUGGAAGGCCAGCUGCUGUCAGACUCUGACUUGGGCCCAGACCUGUCCAUGAACCUCUCCACUGCCAUUGAUGACCUGCUAGUGCCCAUCUCCCCUGAUGUCACACCAUCCAGGACCCCCAAACUGACGUCUCGUCAGUUAUCAGCUAAUUCAACACAGCCUUCUGCAAGGGAGAAGACUCCACCAUCCUCACACAUAUCCGAACAUCCUUCCUUUGUUGAGUCGGUGCCACAUCUUGUGGACGACAUCAUUGGCCUAAAAUCUGGGACUUCUCUCAUAGAAGAUUUCUCCAAGUUGCACCUGUCUAGAACAGCACCUGUGACCCCAAACCAUAAAUCUGUGGAAACGCCUAUGAACUUUGAUCUGUUAGACGAGGAUGACUCCAUCCUACUGCCGACCUCCCCAGCUCUGAGGCAGGGAGUCCUGGUGGACGUCUCUUCACCGUCGCCCUGAAUGCAGCACUUGGCAGCUAAGAGAGACCAGCACAACCAAAGAGGUUUCUGGCAUGUGAGCCGUAUUGCAAAUUGAGACUUUGACUGUGAUGCAACUCUGAAGACUUGGGUGUGUGAAGCAAACGGUUUCGUUCCAGCAACGACACUGUGAGGGCUGUUCUCUAUGCAACAUACACCAUUCUCUGUUAUCAUCACUUGACAGAAAUAGGGACUACCUGUGAAACAGUUGGCCUACUGUAGGAUACAGAUAUUGAGUGCUUCAUAUCAGAGUGGAAAGGGAGAAUCAUUAUCACAAGGUGAAAUCUGGACGUCGAGGUGAAGCCGACUGAAAUGAAAAGUCCGGAUUUUAAUUUGUGAUAAUAUACCUCCCAUGUCACAGUUUACAGCCACUCGCUAUUUGGUUGAUACAACUGACCUUCAGAUCCACGUCUGCUGCAUUGACUAAGUCCAAUAUGUCCAAAACUGACACGAAAAUUGGCGCAUCUGUUAACGUCAACUCCAUGACUGUAUGCUUUUGUCACCAAGCAGCACAAAUCAGGUCACAACCACCUCCCCAGGUUUUGGUCAACAACGCUCUGCUGCUCAAAUUAGUGACAGUAAACUAUUCAACAAACAUAGUAACAAUGACUUUCCUAAGUGUUGAAUAGUAAAUCCCAUUCAAAAUGGGAAGACAAGACUUUUUGAGCCCUGGUCUGAAUGGCAGCAAUGCUGAAGGUCACAUGAUGUGAGGUCCACCAAUCAAAUGACAAGGAUCUCAGUGUCAGUUAUGGAUUCAAUUCUUUUAAUGUAUAGCUGUACUAUCAGGUGCUUCAAAUUAGUGCAGGGGACAUCUGACAAGUGGAAACACAUCCUUUCAAAGUGUAUACAUUGCAUGUAAAACAUUUAAAAUGUCUGGAAUAGACUCUCUGAACUGCAGAGGGUACCUAUGCUUUUAGUCAUAAGGCCAUCAUGCCCGUCGUGUUGUUGCACAAUUGCAGUUUAUGUUUCGCUGCUGAGCUGGAUAAAAAUGCACGGCAAACAGCAAACAUUUGCACAGAUGUAGAGUGAGUGAGAGGCUGUCUUUACCAGUGGGUGAUCUCCAAAGCACACUUUUUCUACCCGUUGGAGAUAAUUCACAGCACUGUGCACCCAACGCCUGGUGCCCAUGCAGAGACAGUACAUUCCAACAGAAAUUGGUCCCAGAUGACCCAUGCCAAAUGUUCACACAUGUAAACCUGCGCACGCAUGCUGUGCCUCCCCACACACACUUACCUUACCUACAGGGGUACCUGUACCUUGCCUGGACAUUCCUUUGUUUUUGUGUAAUGAAUAAAACUUUUUGAAAGUGCUCAUUUUUCUGGCAACAAAAACUAUCUUUUGAGCUAGAGGUUGUUGGUCAUUUCCUUGAUUGUUCUUUUCUUUUCAACACAGCUACUACAAAAGUGCCCACAGCCUCUGAAACUGUUUUCCCAGAGAUGGGAUGUAAACCUUGUGUGGACCUGGCUUAAACGUCCACACAAGGUUUGCACAGCUGGCAUGAUGGGGACCUCUUUUGUUGACGGGUCCACACUAGGUACAUGUAUGAUAAGGUUUGCAUACUCAAACAGCACAUUUGCUAUGUAAAAACAUGCCAUCUCUCUUUUAGGCCUAGUUCCCUCCAGGGUUGAGUUUUUACCCUUAAAAAGUAGUGGACCAUGUUAAAGAUUGUAAGAUUCAGGCUAAUGUGAAAGGGUGGCCGAAAUCAUGGAGAUUGAAGUGGUCCCCAAGUAGCGCAGUUUGACUCACAUGUCAACGAUACCCAGAUUCUUGAUGAAACCAGUUGCUGUGCCCACUACUUGAUUUCUGCCCAAUCAUUCUGGGAUGAAAUGAUUGUCAACCUAAGAAGUUAAGGGCCAUCCAUGAAGUACGUACGCACUGCGUACAGAGUGGUUCAAGCCAGUGCGUACCGUACGCAAAACGAAAAUCUGCCUUUAAUGAAUCUUCAUCUUAUCAAUGCACUUUCUCAUACAAAUAAAUACCAGAAUCAGCUUUUGUGCAUCUAAAAACCAGUCAACCACAGUAAAAGUCGACAACUGAUGACUUUUUUAUAAUUAUUACUCUGAUGCGUACCGUAUGUGUAGGGGGGGUUGGAACCACUGUGUACACCAUAUGUAUGGGGAGGGGGCAUUUCGUGCGUACGCGCUUUAUGGAUGGCCCCUUACUGGGAGGACUCCUCCCAGUAAAUAAGUAGCAUUAAUGCUGAAAUAUUGUAGGCAUUUAAUAAGUGACUUAGUCAUGAGUGCUGUAUGCCUUUGAUUUGUUGAUUGUACAUUGCACUGGAAACAUUUGCACUUCAUGUUAGAAAAUAAAUCUUUCCAAAAUGAAAGUUCUUAAUGUUAUAAUGUAAAUUUUUGGUAGAAAUUUUGCUGCAAGGGAAAGAGAAAUGCCAGUGGGUAUUUGUGCCUAGUACAGUUCAGUCGCUAUAUUUUAUUUAAUCAGUCUCGGCACCAUUAAUGAACUGAAUGUAGAAGUAAGCAAUAAAGAUUGUGAGUGAUUUUUAAA